AUGGCAGCGUGGAGCCAGGCCGCGGCAGCGCCUCUGCUCAACAGAACCCGCCGCCUUCCUCUUCUCCUCUGUGCUCAGUGCAUGUUUGCCUCGCAGACUGAGGGGGAGCUCAAAGUGACCCAAAAUCUCAAAGAAAAGUUUCCUCAAGCUACAGCUAUCAAAGUCACUGACAUUUCAGGAGGUUGUGGGGCAAUGUAUGAAAUUCAAAUUGAAUUGGAAGAACUUAAGGAGAAGAGAACGGUCCAACAGCAUCAGAUGGUAAAUCAGGCAUUAAAAGAAGAAAUCAAAGGUACGCACGGAUCGCAGAUAUUUACCUCUGUCCCCAGACAUUGA